GCCAAGGAAGAGCAGAGCAGGCCGCCCCACACUCCACCGGCCGCCAGCAGCAAGCGCGCCGCUCCAGACCUCUGCAUCUGAGGAACCGUCGCGCGAGGGCUGACGGAAACCGCCCUCAGGCUACCUCCUCCAGCGAGCGGCGAGGCCUAUCUCCCCUUCUGCGCAGGCGCAAGGAGCGCGCCGGGCUCUCCCUGCGGAGCGGCAGCCCCUCCCUCGCUGCAGUCACCGUGGCGACGGGGGAACGCCGUGUCGCCUUCAAAAAAGCCCCAGCGGCGCAGCCAUCUUUCCGGCACAGGCGCAGUCGAGGCCGCCGAUAGGGAAGCGCCAAUGGCGAACAGCAAGGCCGCCGACUCCAAGCGGGAACAGUUCCGGCGCUACUUGGAAAAGUCGGGGGUGAUGGACACGCUCACCAAAGUCUUGGUCGCCCUGUACGAAGAACCCGAGAAGCCCAACUGCGCCCUCGACUUCCUGAAGCACCACUUGGGGGCAGCUGCUGCGCCGGAGAACCCGGAAGUCGAGGCCCUGCGGCUGGAAGUGGCCGAGGCGAAAGAGAAGUACGAAGCGGUACUGGAAGAGAACAAGAGGCUUAAGGCAAAGCUGAAUCAGUAUGAACCACCUCAGGAAGAGAAACGGGGAGAAUAAGGUCCUUUGCAUGUGACUUAAAUAAAGCAUUUCGAAGCACAA